AUGGCUUCUUCUCGGAUCUUCGUGAAGGCCUUGCCGCCCAGCUUCACAGAGGAUGAGUUCCGCAAACAUUUCUCGCAAAACGGCAAACGCGACGUCACAGAUGCCAAGUUGUUCCCUCGAAGAAGGAUAGGCUAUGUUGGCUUUCGAACGCCCGAGGAUGCCCAAAAGGCUGUCAAAUAUUUCAAUAAGACAUUCAUCCGCAUGAGCAGGAUUGGUGUAGAAAUUGCGACUCCCAUAGAUGAGACCAACGUUUACAAAGGGAGAGUUGGUGCGCCUACCGGCAGGAGGGAUGCAGCUCAGCCUACGAGUCUAGCACAACCUGAUAAUUCCAUGAAGCGUAAGAGAGAAAUCCCUACCCAGGAAGAGCAGGACCCCAAGAUGAAGGAGUUUCUUGACGUCAUGAGGCCGAAGACAAAAACUAAGGUUUGGUCAAACGGCGAUGCUGUGGAAAAUCCAACAGAGCAACAUACGGCAGAGGCUGUGAGUGUACCGGCUGUCCUCGCGGAGGAAGCUAGCGACGACGAGUACGAGACAGUGCCCAAAAAGAUAAAGGAGGAACAACAAACGAUGGCAGCUGCCAACACGACUGCAGCGGAACCAGAAUCUCGGAAUGAGAUGCUGCAGAACGAUGCAUCCACAGACCGCGAACAACGCGUAGGAGCGCAAGAGCCUGGCGACGCCGGCGCCUCCAUACCAACACCUGAUUCGCAAAAUGACCCAGAACCAUCUCAACUUGUGAACACGGAGAUCGAGACCGCCCGCACCACUAUGCGCCUAUUCGUUCGGAAUCUACCAUACGACGUCACGACCGAGGCCCUAGAAGCUGAGUUCUCGCCAUACGGCAACCUCGAAGAAGUACAUGUUUCGGUUGAUCCCAAGACUGGCUCAGCAAAGGGCUUUGCAUUCAUUCAAUACAGUGAUCCUGAUUCUGCAGAGCAAGCAUUUGUUGAGCGCGAUGGCCAGAUUUUUCAGGGUCGCUUGCUCCACAUUCUUCCAUCAAAGGAGCCUCGAAGUUCGAAAUUGGACGAUUUCGAGCUCAGCAAAUUACCACUCAAGAAGCAACAGCUCAUCAAGAAGAAGCGGGAUUCGGAAUCGAAAUCGUUCAAUUGGAACUCGCUCUUCAUGAAUGCCGAUGCAGUCGUCGCGAAUGUCGCCGACCGCCUAGGACUGUCCAAAUCCGAGGUCCUAGACCCCACCAGCAGCGACGCUGCAGUAAGGCAGGCGCAUGCAGAAACACAUGUCAUCCAGGAAACCAAGGCCUACUUCAGAAGUCAAGGCGUGGACUUGGACUCGUUCAAAAAGAGGCAAAGGGGUGACACGGCCAUAUUGAUCAAGAACAUCCCGUAUGAUCUUGGCAAGGACGAGCUUAAGCGGCUCUGUGAAGAAAACGGCGAUGUCACACGGUUUGCUAUUCCACCAUCAGGAGCUGUCGCGAUCGUGGAAUACAAAAACGCUGCACAGUGUAAGAACGCCUGGAGCGCACUCUCAUAUCGACGAGUCAAGAACACAGUUCUCAUGCUCGAGAAAGCUCCCGCGGAUGUUUUUGCAGGGAAGGUCACGAGCCAGACCGUUGACGCCAGCGUCAAUUCCGAGCAAGGUGGUGUGGAGAAGGUUUCUGCCACUGACUUGAAAGGUGCUGACCAGACCGUGCCGGACACGGUCGGCACGGCUACCUUGUUUGUACGAAACCUUAACUUCACCACCACUUCUGCGCUCUUGACAGAUACGUUCAAGUCGUUUGAAGGCUUCAUGUCGGCUCGCGUCAAGACUAAGACAGACCCCAAGAAGCCUGGACAGAUUCUAAGUAUGGGUUUCGGGUUUCUCGAAUUCCAAUCUGCGUCUCAAGCUCAGGUUGCACUCAAAGUCAUGGACGGUCACUUGUUGGAAGGCCACAAAUUACAGAUUCGAGCUAGCCACCGGGGUACAGAUGCUGCCGAAGAGCGCCGCAAGACCGACGCACAAAAGAAGGCUGCGGCACAAAGUACCAAGGUCAUCAUCAAGAACCUACCGUUCGAGGUCACCAAGAAAGACAUUCGCGCGCUAUUUGGAGCAUACGGGCAACUUCGUAGUGUUCGAGUUCCGCAAAAGCUUGAUCGAAGCACACGUGGUUUUGCGUUUGCUGAUUUUAUGAACGCUAAGGAGGCGCAGAAUGCCAUGGAGUCGCUUCGUGAUACCCACCUUCUCGGUCGGAGACUCGUGUUGGAUUUCGCAGCCGAGGAGCCACAAGACGCUGAAGCAGAAAUAGAAAAGCUACAGCAGAAAGUUGGGGCACAGGUCAACAAGCUCGCUUUACAGAAGCUUACCAGUGGCGGACGGAAGAAAUUCACAACACAGAACGACGAGGAUAUUGCCUAA